AUACAUAUUUUCCGGCCCAACGUAUCUCUAAUAUCUUGCAGUGAUUUCGAUAGCACUGCCUUUGCGAUCGAUCAAGGAGUAAUAUCAAAACUAGGUUGGGAAUUUGAUAAACCAAACCCUGAUAUAUGUAUGAAGAGGUACCUUUAUAUAUAGAUAAAAGCUUUCUUCGUCUUCGAGAAGUCAAGACGAGAGGAUAGACAAUAUGAUGAUAAUAUCCGAUCUUCCACACGAUUUAGAAUCAGAGAUACUCUCUAGGGUUCCGGCCAAAUCUCUAUGGGAACUGAGAGCUACUUGCAAACGUUGGUACGCUCUACUCAGAGAUCCGUGGUUCGUGGAGAAGAACAAGAAGAUGGGUAAAGCUGUAAGAGAGUCGAUGUUACUGAGCAAUCUUAGGGUUAGUUCAAUUGCUGGCGACCUUCAUGGACUUUACAACAACGGCGUCGAACCAUCUAUCAUGGUCACCGGUAAACUUGGAAGUCUAGAGGAUUCAAAGGAUUUGAAAUUCUCUCAUAUAUUUCACUGUGACGGUUUAAUGUUAUGCUACACAAAGGGAAACACUAGACUGUUGGUUUGGAACCCAUGUACUGGUGAAACGAUGAAUAUCGAACCCAGAACUCGUUACGAACGUAAUGAUACCUAUGCUCUAGGAUACAGCACAUCUUCUUCUUCUGGCCAUAGCUACAAAAUUUUGAGGUAUUGGUAUUAUGAAAACGACCAGAAAGAGUGGAUUGCUGAGAGUGAGAUCUAUGAGCUUAGCUCUGAUUCUUGGAGGGUUAAUCUUGAUUCCUUCACUUGUGACUACACCUUGUCUUGCGAAGGCAUAACUGUGAAGGGAAAUCAUUAUUUGGUUGCUGAAAAUGAAGAAACCGUUUUUUUCUUGAUGAAGUUUGAUUUCACGACCGAGAGAUUUGUGCGUCUCCCUCUUCCGUUUCAGAGUUUUAAUUCUGAAAACACCGUAGUAGCUCUGUCUGUUGUUAAGGAUGAAAAGCUCUCGGUGUUACAUCAGAAUAUAUAUCCAUGGUCAAAUGUGAUGAGGAUAUGGGUGACCAAUAAUGUUGAUGAGGACUUGUCAUGGAGGAGCGACUUUGUCUUGACGGUGGAUUUUGAUAAAUUUGACCUCCCAAGUGUGGUGAAUGUGACAAGCUUCUUGUUGGACGAGGAGAAUAAAGUGGCAGUGUGUUGUGACAAAGACCCGGAUGAUAAAGAUAAGACCAGAAUGUACAUUGUUGGAGAGGAUAUGUAUAAACAAGUUUAUAAAGAUAAUGUAGAGGCAUCUCGUUUCAACUGGCCACUUGUCCUCACUUAUGUUCCAAGCUUGGUUUGCAUUCAGAAGAAAACACCAAGAACAAGAAGGCGUAAGAGAAGAAGAUUGUCCUUUAAAUGCAUUAAUUGAUCUUCUUUUGAGCAUAGAUCACUUACGGUGUUGUUUCUAUUUUAGUUGAUACUUGAUUAAGCUUUCCUUGUCACUCUUUCGAACAUUGGAUCUUUAUCACAAUUACAUUAUUCUGCUUUAUCAUGAUCUAAUCAUCUUUACUCAAUUGUUCCCUUGCGUCUUCAACCUCUAUAAUCAUCGAAAAAUUAAACAGUGUAAUCAUCUUUACUCAAUUGUUCCCUUGCGUAGUAGACAUAGUUCGUUUUACUGGGAUGUUUAUAUAUCCAG